UCUUGAACAAAACCAAUUCAUCCAUCAUAAUAUAAUAAGAAGCUUCUACAUGGAUAGUGGAGAGGACUUAAUAUAUACACAUACAUGCUCUAUCUGAUAUGAUAUUCCAGACAGAGAAGAGAGAUGGGCAGUAGUUGUUCAGAAAGGAUUAAUAUUAAUAAUGAGGAGGAGGAUGAAGAGAUGGCUCCUCUUCCAGGGUUCCGAUUUCAUCCCACAGAUGAAGAGCUUGUUGGUUUCUAUCUGCGCCGGAAGGUGGAAAACAAACCCAUCGCUCUUCAACUUAUCAAACACAUUGAUAUCUACAAAUAUGAUCCCUGGGAACUUCCAAAAGUUAUUAGUAGUGUAGUGGGAGACAAUAAGGAGUGGUACUUCUUCUGCAUUAGAGGAAGAAAAUACAGGAACAGCAUAAGACCAAAUAGAGUAACAGGAUCUGGAUUCUGGAAAGCCACAGGAAUUGACAAGCCAAUUUACUCAUCAUCAUCAAUAAUCAAAGCAUCUAAAAAAUGCAUUGGCCUCAAGAAAUGUCUUGUAUUCUACCGUGGAACUGCUGGAAAAGGAACUAAAACUGAUUGGAUGAUGCAUGAGUUUCGUCUUCCUCUCAAUUCCAACACUUCACCUCAUAACAAUAUUGCUGAAGUUUGGACGCUUUGUCGAAUUUUCAAGCGAAUACCAUCUAGCAAAAGGUACAAACCUGUAGAUUUGAAGCAAACAACAAAGAAGCCAAACCCAUCUGAUUCAACUUCAAAGACAUGCAGUAGCUUUGAAUCUGAAAACAUUAGUGACCAGCAACAAGUGAGUUUUGGAGAUUCAUCGUCGUUGGUUCAACCAAAUCAAAGAACAAACUUGCUAAUGGGUCAGUUUAACUCCAUAACCCAUCAAGCUUCCUUCCCAGCAGCUCAUCAAAGCUUGUGGAAUCCAAUUGGAGAUCAUGAUUUCUUUGCAAAUGGAAACUGGGAUGAGCUAAGAACAGUGGUUGACCUAGCCAUUGAUCCAUCUCUAGCUUAUGACAGUAAAUAAAUGCAUUGAUCGAUGUAGAGAACUAUACAUGCAUGUCCUUUUUAAUUCCUCA